UUUUUUUGUGAUUUUAAGCUUAUUGAUUAAGAACUUUUUCAACAUGGUUUUUAACUGUUGCGUUAAUGGCUGUAACAAUUAUAACAAGGAUGCCCAAAUGCAUAUUUUUCCAAAAGAUCAAAUACUGUAUGAUAUUUGGAUUAAUGCAAUUGGCCGAGAAGACUUAAAGGUGAAGCCUAUGGAAAGAGUCCGAAAGUCGUACCGUAUUUGUACUAUUCACUUUAGUGCAGAAGCCCGCUAUGUUGGAACCAGAAAUAAAUCGACCUUAAAACAGGAUGCAAUUCCUUCUCUAUUUCUUAAUGCUUCUAACAGGAAAGAAGUUUCUUCUGCCAAAAUGGUUAAACUACGCUCAAAGCAUAGUUUAUCAGAGCAAAUAGGUUCACCUGAAGUAGAAACAGUUAACAUCUCCAUACCAUCAACUUCAAAAUUGAUUUGUGAAGAAGUUUUACCAGUUUCUUCAUCUAAACUUAUUACACCAGAACAAAAUAUGCAAUCCCAGGUCAUGAUGUGUACUCCAACAAAAAUUUCAAAUAAGUUUUUUUGUAAAAUAAAUGAUAAAAGAUAUAUAGAUUAAACAAAAACCAUUUUUAAUUUUUAGGAAAUUUGAUUUUUAAUAAAUAAUGCUUCAUAAAAUACCUUACUUUUGGCAUAAUCAGAUUUUAAAAAUGGUUAGUUUUUUUAUGUUUCAGUAUGUAAUUUUUAGUCCAUUAUAUACUGUGUUUGUAAUAUGUGAGUUUAAUAUUUUUUAUUUUCAGGUUUAAACAAAUCCACAAGAUUGCUUUCUAGCAUCGGUGUAAGAAAAGCUGAAAAUAUAUGCUGCACAAAAAUUUGAAAAGCAAUUAAAAUAUUCAAAAAAAAAUGAAAAAUCUCAAAUAUUUGAAUAUAAUUUAAGUACCUAUCUAGUUAUAUACUUAGUGUUAAUAAAAAUAUAUUGUAGGGAAAGUAUUUUAUUUUUGCUUUUCGUAAUCCAAAUAACCUGAACAUUGAUUUGAACUGAAAAUUUUAAACAUUCCGCCAAAUCUUUAGUCGUUGCUGUUUCCUAAACCCGCAAGGUGG